CGAUCAAAUCAAUCAAAACAAAACAGUAAAAAGUGAAAUUAAAGAAUUAUCAGAAUUAUCUAUGAAAAGCUGUGUUAAUUAAGUGGUCAAUAAGUAGACAUGUUUAAUAAAGAAGUUCAGCUAGCUAUAAGCCUGUUUGAGGCUAUUGACGAUGUGAAUUUAAGCAACAUAAUCGUUCUGCUUGAAAAGUACAAUGCAGAUCCAAAUGUCAUCAUACCAAAGCUCAAGAUUGCUCCAAUUCACUUUGCUGUUGGAUUUGAGGAUGAUAAAUUUGCUGAGAAAGUCACGGAAUUGUUUAUAAAGAAAAAAGCAGAUCCAAAUUUAUUCAGCGAAUGUCCAGAAUCAAGACUGACUCCUCUGCAUAUAGCAUGCAUCUAUGGACGUAAUAAUAUAGUUAAAAUGCUCCUUAAUCAUAGCGGUGAUGUUAGUCUUAAAUGUAACGAAGGACAUUCAGCCAUUCAAUAUGCGAUCCAGGAAAAUCAUUAUGAAGUAAUUAACAUAAUUAAGAAGCAUAUAUUUGAGGAGAAAAUUGAGAGGAAGAAGAAAGAAGCAUUAAGAUCACACAAAUUAGAAGUGCCAAAGACUCCAGUCAAGAAUGAAUUAUUUAAUGAUGGUACACCAGUUAAAAAUGCCGUAACUAAUGCAAUUCAGAAUAUUGAACAUGGAAAGUUCACACCAAAUCGAAUAAACUAUAAUUUUGAUGCCACAUCUCCAUAUUUUAUUAAUAUUACUCACAGAAGACAUAAAACAUCCAGAAGUUAUAAUGAUUGUUCAUUGGAACUUGUUGAAAAUGAGGAAGUUCACAAUGAACAAAAGAAUCUAUUCGAGUUGACAGAAGAGAAUGUUAAGGCAUUUAGUAAGCUCAUGCAUAAUCCAAUCGUAAUUGAACGUAUAGCAAUUCAUAAAAGAAAAAGCUACAUAGCAGCAUGGCGUGACAAAAUCCAGCAAAUCCAAAAGGAUAAUACAGUUGAUUAUAGUUAUAUUAAUUAUCUCAACAGCUGCAAUGAUGUGACAUUAUUGAAUAAGAGUAACUCUUCAGACGAAACGACUAGAUAUGAAGCUGCAUCAUCCAGUGACUCGUUUAUGACAGCCAACAGUGAUCUCAGUAGACAUAAUAAUGCAAUGAUUGACCUCUUACCACUAAAGUCUUCCGAUUAUAUUGAAAAUUAUGAAGAGGAUUAUAUCCAUUCGGAUGCUGAGAAUGGAAUCGUACUUUAUGAAAAGAAAAUAAUCAGUAAAAGUCGUGAAAACUUGAAUAGAAUUCAUAAUUGUGCAAUAAGUGACUCAAGUCUGUCAACAAUUGUGACAAUUCCGCCUUUAGACUACGACACAGACACACUUAGAAAGGAGUUGAAGAAUUUCGGUGAUAAUCCAGGUCCAAUAACAAAAAGUACAAAGAAAUUGUACUUAAAAAAAUUAGUCAAAUUUAAGAAAUAUCCAAAUCGUCUUGGCAUCGUUCCUGCAGAUAAUUCACAAAUAACAUAUCCAUUAGAACUCCAACGAACUGUAACAAAUUAUGAUUAUCUCGAACAAAAUAUCACAGAGUAUUUGAAGCUUGAAGAGCGGAUGGUUAAGCACUUCUCAGAGAAGAAUCAUUUAAAGUGGCGAGAAGGCAAUUCAAAGACUUCAUUUGUCUACCUUUUGCUCGACCCAAGAAUUACAAGUAAUAUGUCCAUUCAUCAGAAGCAAUUGAGCAAAUCGGAAUUAUGGCAGAAAUUCUUGAAUGCAAUAUUUUAUGUUGGAAAAGGCAAGAGCGUUCGACCUUACAGUCACUUAUAUGAUGCUAUAAAAAUCUAUUCUCGAGAUGCUGAGAUUAAUGACUUUCAGAAAUAUGACCAGCAGAAAUUUGACAAGAUGAAUAAAAUGUGUGAAAGUAAGAAAUUGAAAAGGAUUAUUGAAAUUUGGAAGGAGAACUACGGCGUUGUGUGUCUACAUAUAUUUCAUAAUGUUAUGCCAUCGGAAGCGUAUAGUCGAGAAGCAUGCAUUAUUGAGGCUUUGGGAAUGCAUAAUGUUACAAAUUUAAAGAAAGGAGAUUAUUAUGGCGCAGCAACUGCUUAUACGGUAAGGAAAAUUGACCAAUAUCUCGGUCUUGGGUGGGCCAAUAGCACUAAAUUAUCAAUUUUUUUUUUAAAUUAACAGAUGAGAGAAAAACGUCAAAUGGGAAUCGCAUUGCUCCACAGAGCUAUGCAUGUCUAUCUUGCCGAAGGAGAGUCUCAAAUGAAACCUGAUGACUUUUAAACAGAAUUAAUUAUGAAAAUGUGAUCUUUUAAUUAUAUUUUUUUUAAGGUAACAUGAGCUUUAUUGAAAUGUUUCUAAUAAAAAAGAAAUUUAUUUUAUUUGAUAUCUAUGAUAUAA